AUGACUGCAAUUCGUGGUGAUUGCAACGCUGAGAACGAUGGUGGUCAUCUACAGAUGGCGAUAAAUUAUUCUGCAGCUUCGAAGCACCUUUUAGCCAUUAAAGCAUAUGAACGAGUUCUCUCUGAGAUAGGAGAUGAGACUAUUAUAAAGCUUUCACCUUCACAGGUUUUUCAUUUAGUACCACCAGAUGCCUUAUUCAGGGAUUUUGUCUUGUGUUGCAAUGUCUUCUCUGUGAAGAGUGUUGAAACGAACGUGGAACUAGCAAUAGAUUUCUUACGCAUAUGUCUUGAACAGUUGAAGAGGCGUAGUUAUUUAGACGGAAACUUUGAGACCUAUACUCAUGAUAAAAAGAUGCCUAUUUCAGCCAACAUGGAUAGAGGUCUCUUACUAUUAGUUUGUUUGACGUUAAAUAACUGGGGAUGUUUAUUACUACGAUCAGGUGAGAUUGGACGUGCUAUGGCGGUCUUUCACACUGCCCUUGAUACUGCCAUGGCGGAGGAACUCACCUGUAUGAUUCUCCUCAACUUGUGUACACUACACAUCCACAAUUGUUGUUUUCCUGAAGCCAGCGAUACCGCCAUGGCAGUUUUGCAAAUAGUCGGUAAUAGUGAUGAGGACGAGAGUAAGAAAGAGAAAAGUGAUGUGGAUCGGCAAUUACUCCCUGCCGCUAUGUACGCCGACACCCGCCCACUACUCGCCGCCCUCGCCGAACAUAACGCAGGAAUUGCAGCGGAGUACAUUGCAACAACAACGGCCGCCGUACACUACACCGCCGCCGAGACACACCUCGCAGAGGGUCCACACCAACAAUGGGCAGCAGUAGCGGCAAACUGUCGUCGACGACUACAAGCAUUACUGCAUCAACGACGAGAAGAGGCAUUUUUAAAACGACGAGAAGAAGAAGCAGAAGCAGAAGCAGAGGCGGAACAUGCGAAUGGUAAUGGAAUGGGAAGAGGAAGUUUAAAUAUGCGACGGGUACGAAGUCUGCGGAAUCUUGCUCCAAAUAGUAGUAUCAAUACGAAUACUAAUACAUCAGCAAUGUCAUCUGCGCAGCGACGUCCGGGAUCUAGAGUGAAGAGUGGAAUGCGGCGAUCCAGACGACGUCUCUCACCCUCUACCACUAUUCCAGAAGAGGCGGUAGAACUUCCUCCUAUUAAUGCAGAACUACGUCAACGAAUUCGUAAAGGUGGUUCGACAGAUGUGGUGGUUCCAUUUCUACGUACAACGGAGGUAAGGGAUAUUAUAUUUGGAGAAGAACGAGUCUUUGAAUCACCUUUUUCUUUUAUGGAAAGUGCUAUUACGUGUAGUGUUACUAUGAUUAUGCUGUGUGAGGAAACACCACUUCAAUUGGCAGAUGAAGCAGAGAGAGAGAAAGUUGCUCCUAUGCGAAGAACUAUAUGGUCUUUAUUUGCACCACGACGUGAUAGUAUGUUAGUUAUACCAUAUGCUAAACCCAAAACAAUUGCUAUGCCACCAGCCAUAGUAGUUGAUGCUGUUAAAAGUGUUAUGCCACCACCACCUAUUCCAGAGAAGGUAAUUGAAAAUGCUCAACGAACUGUUGCAGGACUUAAAAAACUUUUAACUAACCGAUUGACUAUUUUACUUAGAGCUGAAAAUGCCUUUGAAGAAAGAUGGGAAGCAACUACAGUGGUAAAGAAUGCCUUAAUGAGAUAUGGUUUAGCUCAGGAUAUUCUAAAACUAAAGAUAAAUAUGAAAGAAAAAAGGGAAAAACAAAUAGCAUUAGAAGAUGCUAGUGCUAGACGUAUAGUACGUUUCUUUCGAAAGGUACUUGAGAGCAAACGUUGGAAAAAAGGUUCAAUACCAAAAAGUAUUGCAGUACGAUAUGUUGAGGAAAAGGUAGCGAUCACUAUGCAAAAGUAUGUCCGACGUUGGUUAGCGAAGAGAGAAUUAGAAAAACUUCGAGAUGAACGUCGACGAAAAGAUAUGGGGGCUAUGAAAAUACAAAGUAUUUAUCAUGCACGUAUUGCACGUCAACGUUAUCUUAAACUUCAAAAAGAAGAACAAGAUAGGUUAAAAGCAGAAAAAGAAAAAGAAAAAAACGAAUUCGCAGCAACACAAAUUCAACGAGCUUAUCGACGUCAUGCAUUCCUUCUUCGUAAAUUAUAUGAAAGAGGACAUAGAAAAGAGUUUAUUCUCCAUCACUAUAAGUACUCCAGAGAGUACUAUGCUACAGUUAUUCAAAAAACUUUUCGUGGUUAUUUAGUACGACGUACCUAUGGAGCUGCAGUUUAUGCAAAAAGAUGUUAUGGUCGAAAUUGUUAUCGUGCAGAGGUAUUAAAUGCAUGCGCUACAAGAAUCCAAACUGCCUUUCGUGGAUAUAUGACUCGUCGAACCACAAAGGAUUUACUACAAAAACACUUGGCACAACGUAAACAAGAAGUAUUGGAGAUAAAACGGCGUCAUAUUAAUAAGGCUGCCAUAGUGAUUCAAUGUGCUUACCGUUCUUAUAAGGCACGUCGUAUCACAUCUGAACUUCGACAACUCCGAGAGAAGGAGCGGCUGAUUCAACGCAGUCAAGUGUAUCCACCGUUUCGACUGGAAGAGCAGGUGUACUAA